UCCCCGCCGCAGCCGCUCAAUUAACCGGGGCGCGAAACCGCUCCAGCGGCAGCCGGACGCCCUCUCCUCUCUCUCUCUCUCUUCUACCUGGGGCUAUGGGCCGCGCACGCGCGCCGGGGACCCGGUCACCACCGCCGCCGCCGCUGCCGCCGGGGCGGCUGCUGCUGCUGCUGCUGCUGUCAUCGCUGCUGCUGUCCCCGACCGUGCGGGGCGACUGCGGCCUACCUCCAGAAAUACCUAACGCCACGCCAGAACUGGGUGGGCAAACCAGUUUUUCCGAGCAAAGCAGUGUGGUAUAUUCAUGUAAUAAAGGUUUUCAGAAAAUUCCAGACAAGCAAGACACGGUGUUGUGUCUUGAAAAUGGUCAAUGGUCUCCCAUCGAAGCAUUCUGUAAUAAAAGCUGUGAUGCUCCAACAAGGCUGUUUUUUGCAUCCCUAAAAAAGGAAUAUAACAACUUGAAUUAUUUCCCGAUUGGUACCACUGUGGAAUAUGAAUGUCGGCCAGGAUUUCAAAGAAAACCUUCACUAUCAGGCAUAUCAACUUGCCUUGAGAAUUUAGAAUGGUCCAAAGUUGCUGAAUUUUGUAAAAAAAAAUCAUGUCGUAAUCCUGGAGAAAUAAAAAAUGGUCAUAUCAACAUAGUAACGGACAUAUUAUUUGGUUCAGAAAUAAGCUUCUCAUGCAACACAGGGUACAGGCUGGUUGGUUCAGCCUCUAGCUUCUGCUCUCUUUUGGGAAAUACCGUUGACUGGAGUGACCCAUUUCCCGUGUGCACAGAAAUUUUUUGUCCAGAUCCACCAGAAAUCGAGAAUGGACGUAUUAAAGAGGAAAGUGAUACUUAUGCAUAUAGGCAUGCUGUCACCUACGUGUGUGACAAAGGCUUCAUCCUGCUUGGAAAGAGUUCCAUUUAUUGUAACGUGGAAGAUGACCAAGGGAAAUGGAGUGACCUAGCACCCCAGUGCAUAGAGAAAUCCAAGAUCCCAUCAACAUCUCCAAAACCGACAACAGUUAAUGUUCCAGAUACAAGAGUCUCACCAACAUCUCAGAAACCCACCACAGUUAAUGUUCCAGGUACAAGAGUCCCACCAACAUCUCCAAAACCAGCAACAGUUAAUGCUCCAGAUACAAGAGUCUCACCAACAUCUCAGAAACCCACCACAGUUAAUGUUCCAGUAACGCAGCGUGUACCUGCUACCAAGACAACCACACAUCAUCCACCAGGAACAUCUAAAGAUAAAGAAAGGUCUACCUCAGAUGGUAACCAUCUUAUAUAUGGUAAGUUUCACUCCCAGGGAGUUAAAAGAAAUUGCCAUCACUGUGGGAAACAUAAUCGGUGUUUCUGGAAGAGAAUUUUAUCUUUUAACUGUCUCAGGAAAACUGUAAAAUUUCAGUGUUUAUGAGAACCUGAGGGAAGAUCGGUAAAUGAAUUUUGUCACGUUUUGUGGACACCCUUAGACACCCAGUAUGUUCCUUUAUAUUCCUACCAGUGCUCUUGUUCUAAGGUGGUUGUAGGACGGCUUCUGAUCAUUUGGCCAAUCAGUGGGGUGCCAUUGAGUGCCCGCUGUGUCAGUCUGUUCUCUAGGGACAGAAGAAAGAGCUGUUGGGACAGUGUCUGUCCGACACUUUAUAAUUAACCAACUCUUUAGCCUCUUUUAGAUCUCUGUCAUAGCCCAAAUGUGACAGAGUCCCACUCUUGAUUCUAUCGUUCCUCCAUCUCUAAUAAUAGUUUUAAGCAAAGUUCUCUUAAAAUGUAUUCUCUUCCUGGGUGGUGCACACCCUUAAUCCCAGUGCUUAGGAAGCAGAGGCAAGUGGGAUCUCUCAGUUCGAGGCCAGCCUGGUCUACAGAGGGAAUUCCCGAACAGCCAGGGUUACACAGAGAAACCUUGUCUCGAAAAACCAAAAAAACCCCAAAUAUGUACUCUUAAUGCUGAUGUAGUCGAUGAGUGUAGAAACAUUGGUGUCAGGCUUUUUCUUUGUACAGUAUUGUUUACUGUUAUUUAUUAAUAAGAUCAACAAACCCCUGAACAAAAUGGUAAGAGAAACUGUUAAUUAGCAAAGUAGCAUACUGAAGUGAUGUACAAUUGAAAUCACCUUUUUAUGAAAAGUUGUUAAUUUUAAAAUGUUGUACUUACAAGUGAUAUCCCCAUUUCAUACAUGAAUGUAUUAGCUAAGGGAUACGAACCUGAAAAUGGAGAUUUAGUUUCUAUUGUUACUUUUAGUAUUUGUUACUAUUUUAGCUACUUUUUUUUAUUUGUUUAGUAUUGUUACUUUUUAAGUAUUUGUUACACUUAGUUUAUGUUUAAGCUAAGUAUUUAGAAAUAUCUCAGCAGGUGGAAUUACUUUAUUUUUAUUUUAUAUUUUAAAUAGAAAUAAAUAUAUUCUAAGCUAACAAAAAAAAAUCUUCUGAUUUAAUGAUUUGUAGAAGUGAUGAGUUUAACGCCUGAGUUUCCGUUACUUAGUGAUAUUUAGUGGAGAUUUGAAAUACUUACUAUUUAAUACCUUUUAAAUAAAUUUAAUUUUUUUGUAGUGCAGUUCAGGCCUUGUACAUAUCAUGCACAAGCUCUACUGAUGAAUUCUACCCCUCUUUUCUUGUUUACAUUUGAAAUUCUUCAAGUCUGUAUAUUUUUCCAGGAAACGUUUUUUAGGAUAUGUUGUAAUUUACCUGUGUUCUGACAACUCAUUCCUGUAGUCAGACAUAUGGGAAAAGGGUUAUUUCUUAAGUUCAUCCUGUGAAUCAGGUUAUUAUUUCACUUUAAAGAUGAGACUCACAACUGGGAGUGUUUUCAACUUAAUUUUUUAUUGAAUGUACAAAGAAGUGAGUGUCCCUGUGAAAUUUUUAUGUGUAUAUAUUGUUACACAUUGCUCCUAAGUCAGCCUCCCAUUGUUCUCCCCUGGGAAAAUACUUUCAUUGGUUAUAUGGUAAUGUCCUAGAAAUUUGCAGUUUUCCCCACAUAAUUCCUCAAAGUCAAUCUAGAAAUCACCAGAUCUUCUUAAUUUGCCUUAUAAAUGCCGCUGGUGUGACUUAGGGCUUCUGACCCCGCCCCCCCAAUCUUGUCUUCCUCUGCUAAGAGUCUGUUCAAGCAGUUUUUCCUGAUUUACCCUCCCCAUGAAGUAUUCAUUCCACCCAUACACUGUAAAUCACUUUAUUCUCUUUCUAUAUGCCUGCACUUUUUACAUAUAUAAAAAUAAUCUUUUUUUUCCUUCCUGGUACUGCUUCCUAUUGACAAUAUGAGGCCAACAUAGUUUUAUUGUCCUUAAAGUUAGUAUCAUCUAGAAGAAAAAAACAAAAACAAAAACAACUCAUGCUUAGGAAUUAGUCAAACUUGGUUUCAAUCUGGCCUUUUUAUUUAGUAAAUAUCCAACUGAACAAUUAAUUUAGGCCCUCUGAGUCUCAAUUUUCUUUUCUAUGACACAGAUUCUGUGUAAGCUUGUAUUUGAUAACGGAUGUGUUCAAUCCUAGCAUAGUAAUAAGAGAUGAGUACACAGGAUAUCAGGAAGUCACAGUGUGGGAUCACCAUUCUUUUUCUGAGAUAGAUUUGUGCAAAUUUUAUCACUCCCUCUGGCGACAUGAAAGAUAAACAAGCACCAUUUUUUUUUUUUUAAUUCAGGUAAUGUUUGUGUUUGCCGUGUGGCAAAUGCUGCUGUAUUUGAAGUUUUUACAUGUAUAUAUGUUUUUUAACUUUUCAACAAUACUGUAAUGUAGCAUCCAUACUUUUGUUUUUUAAGCUGGGAGAAAUGUUUUUACAGUGGAUUUUGAUCUCUCCUAGUUUUUCCCCUUCAGUCCCCUCCCCUAGCAUAUUAUCCCUUCCCAACUUGAUGCCCUCCUCUUCUUCUUCUUUUUUAUUUAUUAACUUUCAGAGAUCAAUAUGCACAUGUGUGUAGGACCAUCUGCUGGAGCAUGGUUUACCUACGAGUGGCCACACCCACACAAAAAAAGACUUCCCAUUGACAAAUAAGGUUUACAGGAUUUGUAACUUGUCCAGGGUUUCAAAGCUACGUAGGAAGGAAGUAGAGGCCAGUGACUAGGCAUGGUAGAGUCUCGUCUUACUGAUAGGGCAAGAGACUGCACAACUCAACUCAGACGGAGUACAUGGAUUCUCUACAGUCGUUGCUUUAUCUUUAGUCCGCAGUGCUAAAAUCAUGUGUGGUAACACUCAUACAUCUUAUGAAGGCUGAUAGAGCCAUUGGAGUCAUAUUAAAGUUAGAAAAGAGUCAGUGACACCCACAUGUGUACUUACUUUCUUUAUCCUGAAUAUGGAAUGCUCAGCAGUUUGGCCCAAACCUGAGUGUGCCUGCAGUAGUCUUGAGUCUCCUGUCAAUAUCGGAGUGAACGAUGCUGGUCUGAUGACUCUCGCUGUCUCUAGUCCUGACAUGUUUCCUGCUUCAGGUCUGUUAUAGCGGGACUACAGCUGUCUGCCUGUUAUUCGGAGUUAAAAAGUCGGGAAGUCAGCUGUGGUUGCUUACAGCCUGCAUUUAGAAUUUUGAAAUUUUAGCUUUUUUCUAUCACAUUCUUUUUCUGGCCACAUGUCUCUUUUUAGUGUAAUUUCACAUGACUCCCGGCUUUUUGUUCUGUUUUUGUUAAGUAUGAUUAAGAGCAAGAACCAAAUCUAGCCUCUGCAAUCUCAGUUUUUCAUGAUGGAUUGCAUUUCAUGUUACUAGAUACACAAGUGAGACAUUGUGAAAAAAUGGGGCAAGCCCACAGAGGAUGUGACAAGCACCUUUUAAGGAACAUCAGUUGGCAGAAACAUGUCUGACUUGAUUUUUUUAGCCAUGGAAAUGAUAGUCUAUAUUUUAAUCAGUACCUCAUCUGAUAUACAGUUUUUUUGAAUAAUCACACAUAUUUUAAAUAGUUUAAAAAUCACACGUAUGUGUAUAUUAUGAUGAUGAUGGUGAUGAUGAUGUGUGUGUGUGGAUGUGUGCACAUGAAUGCAGAAGUUUUGGAUUUACUGGAGCUCUAGUGAACCACGUGUGGGUGCUGGGGACUGAACUUAGGUCCUCUCCAAGAGGAGGGCAUGCUCUCAACUGCGGAGCCAUCUCUCCAGCAUAUCGAAUAUUUUAAUUCAAAAUGCUUUGAACCAUUAAAACUGUGGCCUGAACCUUGGGUUAAAAGUAAGAUUUUUGUUGUUGUGGCAAUGCACAACAAUAAUAAAAAUGACAACAAUGUUGGUUAUUUUAGGGGUCUUGAUUUUCUCACCUAUGAAAAAGGUUUCAUCCAAUGAAGUUCGAUAAUGGUUUACCAGGUACUUCUUAUUUGCCCAGCAUUGUGCUUAUUUAUUGAAGGUGAUCAAAGGAGACAGAAAAUCUUUGCAGUGAUUUGAACAUCACAGAGAUGCAGUUCUAACAGGAUCUCACCGAGAUACUCCUUUUAUUGAAGAACAGUAUUUUCUAAAGUUACAUGAUUUUCCUUGGAUCUCUUCAAUUUUAUGAGUAGGAACAUUUGAAUUAUUAUUAUAAUUUUAUACAUGAUUAUAUACCUUCCUUUAUCCUAAGUGGUGUAAGUCUUAAAUCAGCAGUUAUUUACCUGUGAGUUUGUUUUCUAUAGAUUACCCAGUGAAUUUGAGAUCAUAAACUGUUGCAUUUCUGUCUAGAGGUUUUAUUUGUAGCUUGAGAGCUGUACUUUUAUUAGUUUACUGGGAGCAUGUGUAGGUUUUGUGUUUUAUAUUUUUGUGCUUUGCUCUGGUUUUCUGUUAAAACAUCAACCUCCACAAAACUUUCUCAAGAGCUAAAUGCACGUGUUGAUCUGU